AUGUGGUGCUGCACCGUCGACGGCGGCGUCGAGUUGGAGGAUGGAGGCCGAAGCCACCGCAGGCGCAACGAUCCGGACGACGCGGCCGUGCGAGGACGAGCCGACCUCACCCUGGCGAAGCCGGAGCGCUGGGGGAACCCGACGGACGACAAGCUCAAGGAGGAGGAUCCUGGUGGAAGAUGGUGGUCGUGGACGAAGCUGGGCUUCAGGAACAUCGCCGACGGGCUGUGGCAGCUAUACGAGGAGAAGUUGUUGCCGUUGGAGCGGGAUAGCAGUUUCCACUACUUUCACCAGCCCGAGAUCCCGCCCGCCUACUUCACGAGUCGGCCGCUGAUCCUGCUGAUCGGCGCCUACUCCACCGGGAAGACGACCUUCGUCCACCACCUGAUCGGCCACGAGUACCCGAACGCGCAGAUCGGGCCCGAGCCGACCACGGACAGGUUCGUGGCGGUCUGCCACGGGCGGGAGGCACAGAUCAUCCCCGGCAACGCCCUGGUCUACGACCCGAGCCUCCCGUUCACGCCGCUGCAGGCCUUUGGGAACGGCUUCCUGUCCAGGCUGGAGUGCGCACGCGUGCCCAACCCGGUGCUCGAGGGCGUCACCUUCAUCGACACCCCGGGGGUGCUGUCGGGAGAAAGGCAGCGGCUGAAGCGCGGCUACGACUUCGAGGAGGUGAUGCAGUGGUUCGCCGACUACUCGGCGAUGAUCAUACUCUUCUUCGACGCCCACAAGCCGGACGUGUCUGACGAGCUCAUGCGGUGUACGGAGGUCCUCAGCCCGUACGUGAACAAGGUCCACGUCGUCUUGAAUAAGGCCGACCAGGUCACCACCCAGCAAUUGCUCAGGAUCAAUGGGGCACUCAUGUGGUCCCUCGGCAAGGUGAUGGACACCCCAGAGGUCACCCGCGUGUAUGCAGGUUCUUUCUGGGACGAGCCGCUGCAGAACGAGGAGCUGAAGACCCUUUUCGAGCUUGAGAUGGACGACCUCUACAGACAGAUUGAGCAGCUGCCUCGAAGCUCUUCGGUGCAGAAGAUCAACGAUUUGAGCAAGCGCGCCCGGCUGGUGAAGUCGCACGCGCUGCUGCUCGAGCAAAUCCGCACCGAGAUGCCCACUGUGUGGGGCCACGCCGAGAGGCAGCAGGAGCUCAUCGACAGUUUGCCGCGGCUGGUGCAACCAUCGUCUGGCAGCACAAGGUCUCCCCCGGGGACUUCCCGAAGCUCGAGGUGA